CUCGGAUGUGGAAGUGCUUUGGCAGAAACAACGGUCGGGGAAGGGUUUGCGCUUAUUACAAGCGCAGUAGUUGAGCACCUUACACGGGAAUGAACUUUCGGCAUUAGUUUGGGUGCACGUCUGAGUGGGCAACGAGGGAGUAGAGUCCGUGUGUAACGUGACACAAACGUUAAAAAUCCCACAGAAUGGGUCGCGAGGGGUGCUGAAGCCUAUCCCAGCUGACUUCACAAAGAAUAUUUAAAGAUUGCCAUCCUAGUGCAAGUCUUUAGUGACCAAAUCCAUUAUUAAUUUUGGUUUUAGUCCUAAUUUGGUCUUCCCAGCACCUGAAAAAGAUGCGCUUCAUGCUGCUGUUCAGCCGGCAGGGCAAGCUGCGACUGCAGAAGUGGUACACAGCCACAGCUGAGCGUGACAAGAAGAAGAUGGUCAGGGAGCUGAUGCAGAUAGUGUUGGCUCGCAAACCAAAGAUGUGCAGUUUUCUAGAGUGGCGCGACCUCAAGAUUGUCUAUAAAAGGUAUGCCAGCCUUUAUUUCUGUUGUGCCAUUGAAGAGCAAGACAAUGAGCUGAUCACACUCGAAGUUAUACACCGAUUCGUAGAGUUGCUGGAUAAAUAUUUUGGCAGUGUGUGUGAGCUGGACAUCAUCUUUAAUUUUGAGAAGGCCUACUUCAUUUUAGAUGAGUUCCUGAUGGGAGGAGAGAUCCAGGACACAUCUAAAAAGAGUGUCCUCAAAGCCAUUGAACAAGCUGACCUACUGCAGGAGGAGGACGAAUCACCGAGAAGUGUACUGGAGGAGAUGGGCUUGGCAUAGUCCACAGCAGCGUUAUGGAAGAAUAUAGAAGGCAGGGGGUGGGUCAGUGUAGGGUAGAACAUGCAUCAACUUGACAGUACUGGUACUAUGUAUAUGUGAAUGGGGACUGGUAUACACUGUUUAACUGGGGGAGAGACUCAGUUAGUGGAAGAACCUUGCAGUGCCAGGCCCUUUAGCUCUGGGU